CAUCAGGAAGUGUAUAAUACAGAUCAGCCCCGCUGUCUGAGAUCAGCUAUAAUACCGAUUCCUGCUCAUCAUGAGAUCAGUCCUGUUACUGUAGCAGAAAUUACAGCUUUUAAACUCGUUUAUCUUUAAUAAAUCCUAUCAUUUUCUGAUCUGGAGUAAUUAUCUGAGCGGCUGCGGGCUGUGGAGCUGUGGUCCUGUUCUCCUGCUCUGGAGCCCACACUGAGCAUGCUGGGACAGGACUGAGGCAUUAUGGAUCCUGAGGAGGCGGAGCUCCAGAAUGAUUACCGGUACCGUAGUUACGCAGCCGUCAUUGAAAAGGCGCUGCGCAACUUUGAGUCCUCGAGCGAGUGGGCCGACCUCAUCUCUUCACUCGGAAAACUCAAUAAGGCUCUGCAGAGUAAUCUGAAGUACUCUCUGCUGCCUCGCCGGCUGAUCAUCGGGAAGCGACUGGCUCAGUGCCUGCACCCAGCGCUGCCCAGCGGCGUCCAUCUUAAAGCACUGGAGACCUAUGAGGUCAUCUUCAAAAUCAUUGGCACAAAAUGGCUGGCCAAAGAUCUCUUCAUCUACAGUUCAGGACUCUUCCCUCUGCUGGCUCAUGCAGCCAUGUCGGUGAAGCCGGUUCUGCUGACCCUGUACGAGCGGUACUUCCUCCCCCUGCAGAAAGCUCUGCUGCCCAGCCUGCAGGCCUUCAUCACGGGGCUGCUGCCCGGCCUGGAGGAGGGGCUGGAGGUGUACGACAGGACUGAUGCGUUGCUGUUGAAGUUGUCUCUAUUGGUGGGUCAGUCGGUCUUCUAUGGAGCUCUCUGGGGGUCUGUACUUGUAUCUCCACUGGUUCGGCUCCCGGCUUCUCUCUUCAUCGUCACACACUUCGACCGCAUGGCCUCCAGCUGUGAGCAGAAAUACAUGCUGGGCACUGACCACAGACUAACUGUGAAGGCGAUGUGUCUGUCUCUGCAGGACAGUAAUGUUCUGGUCCAGCGAAACUCCCUGGAGAUUCUUCUCUACUUCUUUUCCUUUGGAACAUGUUUGGAUCCUGAGAAGAGCGCUAUCCCUCUGAGACGUGAGCAGAUGAUCACAGUGGUGUCUGCUGCCUCUCUCACUCUCCUCAGGAGAGACAUGUCACUCAACCGCCGGCUCUAUGCAUGGCUUCUAGGUCUAGAUAUUAAAGGGGGAAUGGUGGCUCCAGAUUUGAGCCAGUAUUCGACAGUGGAAGAGCAUGUAGAAUACUACUUCAACACAUACUCCAGGGAACUACUGGUGCAGGCACUUGUGAACAUCCUGCAGCAGAAGGACAUUGAGAAAGAUCCAGACAACGUCUCAGACUACCUCAGACCAUUCCGCAUCAUCAUCAGCUUACUGGACAAAUCAGAAAUCGGACCGUUGGUUCUGUCUGAUGUUCUGCUGGAGGUGAUCAGGGCGUUCUACAGUUACUGCAGAGAGAUGCUCGGGGAGGAAGCUCUUAACUCCAGUCUCUCUGGCAACCAGCUCAACAGUAAGGUCAAAGAGAACAAAAACGCCUCUGAGAUCAUAAAGACGGUCAAUAUGUUGGUGGGGGCCAUAAGCAGCGAAUACCUGUGGGACUACAUGACCAAACACUUCCAGACGUGUCUCAGUGUGUUAAGUGAUCCAGCAGAGGCUCCUCCCUCUAAAGCCUGGAGUCCUCCUCCUUCAAUGACCGAGCUCUCCACACUCAUCAUCUUCCUCCUGGAUGUUAUUCCUUUGGAGCUUUACGCUGAGAUCCAGACGCAGUUCCUGCCGCAGAUGCUGGGCAGCAUGCUCCUCUCUCUGCGAGCUCACCCAGCUUCCCUCAGCCUGCCCGAGCUCACACAGGCCCUCAGGGCAUGCUUUAAGGUCCUCAGUAGGAUCCAGAUGCCGGUGACAUAUAUGGACAUGGAGGCGGAGUCACAGACACAGAACAUGGAGCGAAUACAGCAGGUAGUUCCACACAGCAAAAAAGAGGAGACUGGUGAUCAGGCCAGCGUUAGUUCUGAUAACCGGCUCUCAGAAGAGGAAGUGAGUGUGAAUGGACGGCCUGCAGAGGAGGCGGGACCAGAACCAGCUGUAUUUCCUCCUCUGCGUUCUGAAGACAGUGGACUGGGCCUUAGUGCCUCUCCCUCUGAACAGCAGCUCUUUCCUGGCCGUGAUUCGUCGAGUCCUGCUCUGGGGGUCUGCAGUGAGGCGGGGAACGUUUGGAGGAGAGGAGGGAGCGUGGAGAACAUGUCCAAAUGUGUACAGGACAUACUGGCAUCUCUCAUUAUUAGGCACCUUCUGCUGGUGGUAGAUCCAGAGAAGGAGAAGGGUCCGGAGGAGGCGGCUCAGCCUGAGCAGCAUGCAUCUCCCCGGGGCAGAAAGCGCUCUUCCUCUGAGGGAAAGGGAAGCCGAGACCUGGGUCUGAUUAAAGACAGACUGGCCGAGUUCUUCACCCCCAGCAGACUGAGAGCUCCGCCCCAGGAGGGGUGUGUGGAGGCGGUGGGGAGCGGCGCUAAGGCUGAGACUGCGGUUCUGCAGUGGAUGGCGGGGUUUCAGUCUCGAGGAAGGUCAGAGGUCACCGAGUCCUGCAGACAGGCCUUUACGGCUGCCUGCCACCUACUGCUGGAGUGCACCACGUUCCCUGUCUACUACACCGAGGAGGAGAGCCAGGAGCUCCACAGCAGCAUGUUCACAAACACUACAGGCAAUGAAGAAGAAACCCUACCUGAAUGGCUGAGAUCUCUAAUGACAUUAUGUUGCAUUUCUAAAGACUACAAGGUUCAACAUGUGGCGAUUUCCUCUCUGAUGGAGCUUAUAAACCACUCUCAGUCAUUAGCUCUGGUCAUCCAGGACAAAAACCAGCGCUAUAAGAGCUCUGAGGCCAAUCCUCUGAGUGGACAGCUGCAGAUGGUGACGCUUCCCCCCAUUUACCCGUCCGUGCUUAAAACCGUGGAGCGACAGACCAACUUUUACCAGCGAGUAGCUCAGGUGCUGUGGGCUCAGCUGGACACUGAACGCAGGGAGCAUCACAUCUCCUGUGUGGAACUCUUCUACCGGCUGCACUGUCUCGCUCCUUCUGCUGCCAUCUGUGAGGACAUCAUCUGCAUGGCCCUGCUCAGCAGAGACAAGGUUGUGCGUCUGGAAGGUCUGCACAGGUUCUCAGUUUUGUGGCACCUGACGCGUGAGGUCCAGACAAACCGAAGCACGUCCCUAAAUCGAUCUUUCGAUAGGUCUCUGUUUGUGGUGUUAGACAGUCUGAACAGUCAGGACGGCAGUGUGAGUGCAGCAGGACAGAGCUGGCUGGUGAGGGCUCUCUCUCUCAAUGACGUAAUCCGCAUCCUGGAACCAGUUCUGCUGCUGCUGGUGGACCCCAGGACCCAAAGAACAGCCAUCCAUAGUGUCAAGCACAACCUCUCAGUUGGUAAUUUUAAUGCACUAAGUGGCAAAGACAGAUCUGGCACAAAGACCAGUGGAGACGGCAUGGCACUACUGAACCAGCCGGAGGACAAUCUGCUGAAUCACUUUACAGUUGUAGACCGUGAGGCGCUCUGGCUCAACCUGGAACAAGAUCCUGAACUUCGUGAAACGCCGUCGAGUUCCCCCGUCAUUUCUCGCAGUGAAAGUGAGGAGACGGAAGGGGAGGACGAGGAACGAGAGGAUGUAGCGGAGGAAGAGAGCGAGCACACAGAGUCUGCCGAUACCAACGGCAUCCAGAACUCAACAGAGAACUCCAGUUCAGGCUCUGCCCCUUACCUGCAGGUGGGUGUGGCUAAUGGCAACGAUGGGGAGAUGGGCGUGGCUAAUGGCUUGGUGCGGGUUGACUCAGACCGCACCCAGGCCUCUGAUUCUCUGUCCAGCGAUGAAGAUGAUGGGCAGUUGGAAGCUCUGGCCAAGUCCCGCCUCUUAAAGCGACAGCGCGAGAGACAGGAAGCCAUCGACUCUCUGUUCCGCCACGUCUUGCUCUAUCGGCAGCCGUUCGAGUUCAACAAGGUCCUGUACGCCUUCUCCGUGGUGGAGACGUUGGUCAGGAGUGGCUCUACCCCAUUUGUAGAGGCUCUGUCCAACACAGCUCUGGACUGCAGCUCCACUGCCCACCUCAACCUCGUCCAGAACCUCCUGCAGAGGCACCGGCAGGCCCAGGAGGGUGGCAGCUUCUACGGCCCUCUACAGAACUCCACCCCUCCGGAACCGAAGAGCAUGAACCCAAACCAGCCGCCGACUUCUCCUCUUUCUUCACCUUCUUCAUCUACCUCUCCUACUAUGUUUCUUUUGGAGCUCCUCACGUCUCUCUGCCUCCGCUUCUUGCGAUCCCACUUCCCAGCUUAUGCUACAGUGAGCGGCCGCCAACAGCAGGGGAACCGAGAAGUGCAGGUGAAGAGUGUGGAGGUGAUGACUGCUCUGGUGACCCAGCUGAUAACCGUGGCUCAGCAGGCCCAAGCUGGAGAAGCAGGAGGAACAAACAGUCUGGAGAGCAUCAGGAACCUUCUGUGGGGCUGCAAAGUGCAGCAGUACGUCCUCCUCUCCCUCUCUGCGUCUAUGUACGCCUGCCAGCGCGCAGAGUCUCAUAACCAGAACAAAAUCCACGAGGAAGACCAGGGCGAGGAUGGUGGGGAGCUCUCAGAAGAAAGCCUGGUCCACUUCGGGAGAGAUGGAAGCUGGGCUGAGCACCCGCUCCAGAUCGCCCUGCUGAAGCUGCUGAAGGCUCUGAUAGUGCUGGAGCACUGUGUGUCUCCUCCACAGACCAAAGUGCCAGGAGACAUCAACCACAUCCUCCAGGCCAAGGGAGACGCCCCCUCUUCAGCCCUGGCACGGGAGUGGCAGACGGCCAUGAUGUUCCAGCAGUCCAUCAAGGCCGUCCGCUACGUGUCCAGCCAGCCCAUCAUGGCGCAGGGCAUGUUCGUGUCCGCAGCUGCCCGAGCUCUGUGCCCGCAGUACGGCUUCGCCAUGCACCCGGCCUGGGUGACUCUGCUCUGCGGAACGCUGCCGUUCCUCGGACGCUCUUUAGCCAUCAUAGUGGCCCCAAUCAUCGCCCAGAUCUGCAAGAACCUGGACGAGCUGGUUAAACAGCACGAGCACGAGAGCAUCAAGUCUUCUCACAGCAGUAUCUUGAAGAGGGAGAAUAUUGCACCUGACUAUCCUCUCACUCUACUGGAGGGACUCACCACCAUCACACACUACUGCCUUUUAGAACAAAAGAAGUCCGCAGGCUCUGAUGCUACAGACAUGCGGAACGCCUGCAACGCCAUCCUGGAGGAGUUUCCACACAUGAUCAGCACCAUGGCCAUGCUGUGGGGUGUGGUAAAGGGUGCAGAUUCGAGCCACAGCAGCAGCAGCAGAUCCUCCCCGGCCUCUGUUUAUUUCAAAAGCACAAAGAUCCUGAAGCAGAAGAUUUUGGGGUUCCUGAUGCCGCUGACCCAGCUGUACGGGUCGCAGGUCAUGGCCUCCAUGGCCGCUGUGUGGAACAGCAGGAGAAGCCGAAAGAGACGCUCGAAAAACAAGAUCCUUCCAGCUGUCAGUGAUUCCCAGAUGACCAUCGUGGAUCUGGUGAAGUCGCUGAACACCCUCCACACUGACGCCAUUUUGCAUCUCGUCAAGGAGGUGGUGAAGAAGCCCAAUCAGAUCAAGGGAGACCAGCAAAAGCCUAUUUUAGUGGAUGUUCCCAUGCUGCAGUUCUGCUAUGCUUAUAUUCAGAGUCUUCCUGCUCAGGCUCUUCAGGACAACAUCAUGCCUCUCCUUUGUCUGCUGAGAGAGUCUGUUCAGCUCAACCUCGCCCCACCCGGACACUUCCUGCUCCUGGGAAUCCUAAAUGACUUUGUAAAUCGACUCCCGAAUAUGGACAAUAAGCGAGAUUCUAGAGAACUGCAGGAAGUGACCCAGCGUAUCUUGGAGGCGGUGGGGGGUGUGGCCGGCUCCUCAUUGGAGCAGACCAGCUGGUUGAGCCGUAACCUGGAGGUGAAAGCACAGCCUCAGAUCUGCCUGCAGGAGGAUGAGGAAGAACCUGAAGGCAACGACUGUAAUGAGUCUGUUGGUCAGGGCGGUGCCAUGGUGUCCUCAGCUCCGUCUGUGUUUAGCGUACAGGCACUGGCUCUGCUGGCUGAGGUCCUCGCCCCUCUGUUGGAUAUGGUGUAUCGCAGUGAUGAGAAGGAGAAGGCCGUGCCGCUCAUCUCCCGCCUCAUGUAUUAUGUAUUUCCCUACCUGAAAAAUCACAGUGCCUAUAACAUGCCCAGUUUCAGUGCGGGGGCACAGUUACUGAGCAGUCUCAGCGGGUAUGCGUACACCAAACGGGCCUGGAAGAAAGAAGUGCUGGAGCUCUUUAUGGACCCCAUGUUCUUCACCAUGGAGCCGGCCUGCGCCUGCCAUUGGAAAUCCAUUGUAGAUCAUCUACUAACCCAUGAGAAGACCAUGUUCAAGGACUUGAUGAGUAUGCAGAGCAGCUCUCUGAAGCUGUUUAACAGCGCUGAGCAGAGACCCAUGUUACUGAAGCGCCAGGCCUUCGCCAUGUUCAGCGGAGAGACGGACCAAUACCACCUCUACCUUCCUCUAAUACAAGAGCGUCUGACUGAGAAUCUGCGAGUGGGACAAACUCCUGCGAUGGCGGCUCAGAUGUUCCUGAUGUUUCGUGUUCUGCUGCUGAGGAUUUCCCCACAGCACCUCACCUCCCUCUGGCCAAUCAUGGUUACUGAAUUAAUUCGUAUUUAUGCCAGACUUGAGAAGACUCUGCUGGAGGAAAAAGAUAAUUCAAAGAAUAAACGAGGUGGUCAGGAGAAGAACGGCCUGCUGACUUUUCCGCAGGCGGAGCUGGACAUGUAUCUGUCAGCCUGCAAGUUCCUGGACACUGCUGUGUCUUUCCCCCCUGAGCGAAUGCCUCUGUUUCAGAUGUAUCGCUGGGCGUUUGUGCCUGAAGUGGAUGUAGACAGUUAUGAUGGUCCAGGGACCACUCUGCUGGAAGGAGAACAGGAGUGUAAACCUCACGUGGUCCGAAUACUAGAAGGACUUCACCAUCGCUAUGGGGAGCUGAAUGGAACCGUUGGUGAAUCCACAUUAGAGUCUAUAGAGUUUCCACUGCUCACUCUGCGUUCUCUAUCAUCCAUCACUCAGCUGGUGCCCUUCUUCCAAACACUCUGUUCCUCCUUCAGCGGCUCAGGCCACUCCCCUCAGCCCCCCGCCGAUUACCCACCCCCCAGCUCCAGAAGAGUCCUGCAGCAGCUGGAGCUCAUCACUGAGGGAGAGUUUCUGGACGGUUUGGACUCGUGAGGAGUCGGUAUUGAUCUGGCAUCCUCUCCAGUUUGGUCUUUUUCCCAUUAAAACCCAGUUGUGUAAUGACCUGGGUUCUCUGUUUUAACUCUUUAAAGUUUUAUUUGAGCUGUUCCUUCAUCUUCAUCACCGGUUGAGUGAGGAGUGCAGUGAACGUGAGGAACGCUGCGGCAUGAUUGUGUUUGGAACGUCAUGCGCCGUGUCGUGGUGUCUGUUUAUCUGUUUAUCUGUUUAUUUUUGUGAGCAUGAAAUAAACGUAAGGCAUAGUGAGCGCUGAGGGAAUCGGGUUAAUGGUGUUUUUUGUAAAGACUGGAUAGUUGCUUAUAUGUGAAUACUAUUUAAUUUAAUAAAGAUUACAAUUGUAGAUUUAAGGAUAUGCACAAUAAAGUUUUUUGUUUUUUAAUUUGAGCCAAUAUUUCCCUUACUUUAAAUAUUCUCAAUUUAUCAUUCUUACAUAAAUUCUUAUCAAAAACUGUAAUUUAAAAAGUUACUUCAUUCCAAUUCAUUUUAGGUUGAGGUGGAGUGGGCUGUUGUUAGGUUUGUCCUAUUAAGACUCCUCCUUAGUAUCUUAAAAAUUACACAAAUUAACAGUCUGGUGAUUUCACCAGAGGAAUUAGUGCCAAAUUGAAAAGCAAACACUACAGUGAUAUAGUGGAAAAUAUAAAUGCAAAACACAAAAUGCAUUGCUUUUCCUUGCUAACAUGCAGAACACAUGCCAAAAUGAAAUGCAAAACCACUAUUAUAUUAUUAGAUUUCAUUUCACUGCACUUUAUUGGUCUCUUUAUUGAAAAAUGGUAUACAAGAAUUGACUUUUUCAAAACCAAACACCGCUGAAUUUGUGCCAGAAUUAUUGCACUUAAAAUGCAAUCAGCUUAAAUGCAUUUCAGCAAAACACAAUGCACAGGAUUGCAUUUCGUCUAGGAGCAGUGUGGUAUUCGUGUCAAAAUUAAAUUUAAUCACUGUCCAAUCAGAACUUAGGGCUGAGAAACCAGUCAUUGUAAAACUCAAUAAGUGGAAGCAUCACGUAAAAAGAUUAACCAAACAUUAAAACUUAAAAACUUAAAAUUUAUUGGAAUUAUGUUAGUCUGUAACUGUGGCAGCCUUCAUUUAUAGAAUUAGAGUGUUUUAUUUUUUGUCCUUAUAUUCUGUCGCAAAAGACAUUUUCUCUGUUUGAAAGCACAGCUGAGUACUCGCUUCUGACUGGUUUCUCAGUCCCACCCUUAAUUUCAGUGGUGGCUUCUAAUUGGACUGUUAUUACAUUUCUUUUUGGCACAAUUACUGCGGUGCUCCUAGACGAACUGUAAUCCUGUGCAUUGUGGUUUGAUUUGAAACAUUCGCAGCGAAGCCACACACAGUGGAAUAUAAUGCAGUUGAGCUGUUGAUUCUUACAUGAAAUUGAAAAUUAAGUGCAGUGAAAUGUAAUGUAACAGUGAUUUUGCAUUUUAUUUUAGCAGGUAUUCUGCAUGUUAGUGAGGAAAAGCAAUGCAUUUUGUGGAUUUACAUUCGCGUUUACAUUUUCCCACUUUAGUGCUUACUUUUUAAUUUGGCACUAAUUCCUUUCCUUAUCAGAAAGUUGUCAUCUUUUGCAUUUGAGGCACAAAACAAUUUAAAACAAGCUCUGAAGGCUUUGUUUCCCACAAUUUUCUCCCAGUUUUUAUGGUGCUGUUCUCUUAUUUGACGUAUAACAGCCGAAAAAUACAGUCUAGGCUUUGGGACGCAGCUACAGUGUCACUGUUUGGUGCUCCAUUUUUUACAGCAUUCCAUUCUCUGUGGUGUUCCUGUGAUGCUGGCUCUUUCUGGAAUGAAUGUAUCUCAUAAUUUUGAUGCCAUUUUAUCCUUAUGGUUAAUUUUCUUUCUUUUUUUCUCUACAUGUAGUCCAUAACAGAUAUGGCUUCUAAUUGCAGCACAUUCAGCAAUGCAUAACAUUUAAACUACAGCUAAACAUGUGAUAGUCUCUUUUCACAGAAAAAAAAAGUAAAUUCCAUUUUGAUCCCUAUGUUUUUUUUGUUGUAUUAUAUUUUAUGAAUAUUCUAAUCCAUAUUGUAAAUAUUACCUCAGAAACAGAAGCAUUGGAAAAUCAGCAAUGAUCAGCACACAAUGGUUAAUAAUGGAAAAUAUUGAAAUAUUAAUAAAUGGAAGAUUGUGGGUGCUGCUCAAAUUCCAAACCAUGAUCAUAAAAUCCAGUUAUAGCUCUGCUACACUAUAUAAAGUGAUGUAUUGUAUUCGUAUUUAAAGCCUGUAAUUGUAAUUGCAUUUAGCAUUUAACAGAAUCAUCUGGUUAUUAUUUAUUGUCUUUGGGAGUCGACAUAUUGUAAGCACCUUUCCUUUCUCUUUUGUCAAACCAAAACCAUUGUUUGUUUGUUUUUUCCACAUUUUUUUAUUGUUUUAUCUUUUUUCAGUUUAUUGUUCUCAGGAAGUGGUGAUGAGCAGCAGGUUUGCAGAUUAUAAGGGCCUUUCCUGGCAUUUCUAUAUGUCAGUUAUGAUUACCCCCAACCUAUAUUUCUUAAUACGUUUUUAUUUUUUUGUGUGUGUGUUCUCUUACUGUGAAUGAAGCAGUCCAGAAACAUGUCUGUACUAUAAUAGCUACACUCCAAU